CACCUCCUCCCCAGAUCCCAUCGUUGUGUGACUGUGAAGAGCGAUACCCUCCGCUUCACAGUAGACCAAUAGGGCUCUUAAGGCGACCACUAACCCAGUCUUUCGAAACUUCUAUAGGCUCCAGCCAUCACAAAAGUCAGUCGACUGUACAGACAUGGGUAACGCUACAGGAUCCACCGUGGAAGAUCUCCAGGCUGUGGAGAAGCACCUCUGGUAUAAGAAGUUCAUGACCGAGUGUCCUUCGGGUCAGCUCACCCUGCAUGAGUUCAAGCAGUUCUUUGGGCUCCGGGGACUGGAUGCUGAAGCCAACGCCUACAUCGAGCAGAUGUUCCGCACGUUCGAUAUGAACAAGGAUGGCUACAUAGACUUCUUGGAGUAUGUGGCUGCACUGAGCCUGGUGAUGCGGGGUAAAAUGGAACAUAAGCUCCGCUGGUACUUUAAACUGUAUGAUGUGGACGGCAACGGGUGCAUUGAUCGAAGUGAGCUGCUAAACAUCAUAAAGGCUAUCCGUGCAAUCAAUGGGAAUGAAAACCAGGAAGUUGAUGCAGAGGAGUUCACCAACCGGGUGUUUGACAAGAUAGACGUCAACGGAGAUGGGGAGCUGUCUUUGGAGGAGUUUGUGGCAGGGGCUCACACUGACGAAGACUUCAUGGAAGUAAUGAUGAAGACCUUGGAUCUCACCCACAUAGUCGCCAUGAUCCACAAUCGGAGGCACAGUGUUUAGUCUGCCCUCAGACGCCUCCAUCUCCACUCUCCAUUGUAAUAGACUGCCGAAGGGCCACAUAGGAACUGAGUCAUGAGCCCUCAAAAGAUCUAGCCCAGAUUUGUAUAAAGACAAUCUUUAUCUUAGCAAUGCUGAAGGGCCAUGCUUUGAAUCCAUUCUUUGUUGUCGGAAUACACAAGAGGUUGGAAUGACGAUGAAAAAUUCCCUUUGCCUGCAUACAAAUAACUCAGUCAACCAUCGCUGGCUGGUUAGUGCCCUUGUGCAUGAUCUAAAUCUGAGAGAGGUCUACAUGAUGAGAGAUUUCUCACACCGUCAGCUGAACGGGAGACCCAACUAGGUCAUAACAUAAGGAGGGUGGAAGAUAAAGAGGGUGGAGGGAGUGGAGUGGUGACUACCCAAGGUGGUGAUUACCCAUUAUAACCCAUGCAUUCCGGCAUUCCUAAAUAAAUAUUUUUAAAUCCCUCACCCACCUCAAAGGAAGAUUCCUGUAGGGAAAUUAUCAUUUCCAAACUACAUCGAUAAUGACGUCUCAAACGAUCUUUUGGACCAAACUCAGUUAUUCAGUUGAGUGGUUCUUCUCUAUGACUGUGUGUCCGGGUUCUAUUGGAGGAAGUUCUAAUUCACCCACUUUCCUGCCAGUACAGUCAGUUGUCAGCUCAAAUAUGACUAGAACCCAAGUUCAUUCUGUGCCAUGACUAAACGUUCCAGUUCCUCAGGAAACAGGUUCUUCCACAAGUUAGGGAUCUAUAAAUAACUUAAGAUACUUGUCACAAAAUGCACUUUGUAAAAAAAAAAAAAUAAGACCAGCAUGUUUUACAUUGCACUGGCCCCAGUUGAUAGGAAAUUCAAGUCAGCAUUUUCAGGACAUUAAUUUGAAGGAAUAUCUUAACAACUACAUUCUAAUGUUUUCCCUACCAGACAGUAAAGUGUAAAAAAUAAAUUGUGCACAUUUGUUUGUGUUUCUGUGAGUGUGAGAAACAUACAUGAAUGACCAAUGCGCUCGCCUAGAUGGCAUUAGAAUUACCUUUACAUAGAUCCAUAGCCCACUAACCUUGUUUUACCCAAAAAUUGCUCUAGUUUAUAAUAGUCAAAUAAAGAUUGAAAUCUGUUGUAUUUUCAUCACACUCCACAGCUUUAAUUGCGCACUAUUGUUUUAGAAAUCAAAAUGCCUAACAGACAUUACAGCCUCUGUGGCAUAAUUAAGGAGACAGGGUGGUGAGUCACAAGGCAGACUGUGCCAGUAUGGUUGCCAUGACAACCGCGACCCAUUUCCAUGGUAACACACAUCCAUAAAGCACUACAAAAAGGUUACGCAGCACUUACAUGGAUCUGAAUGAAUCUGGAAGGAGGGACACUGACCAGGGCAGUCUGACAGUCAGCAGCAUGUUUAAAAACAACAUGAACAUGAUGUAAAAUAUCAAUAAAUAUGCCGGCUGAUACAUAGAAUACUCCUUUCUAUUUGGUUUGGGUGUUGAGGUCACAGUCAGUCAGGGUGAGGACCUAAAACCACCAAAACUCCCCUUGUGGAUCUGACUGUACUGGCUUUACCUCUGCAGACAGACAGGACAGACUGCAUUGUGCUGAACUGGUUGAUCCACUGCUCACAGGAUGAGUGUUUAAAUCUGGAUAAUUGUCAUCAGUUAUGGGAUUCACUGGGGUAGGAAUGGCCAGUGACAAAUAAAGUACCCAGGAAUAUGGCAACUGUCAACCCAGAAAGCAUUAAUAAUCUACAACUGCAGGCUAUAACACACCACUAACCACAUAUACUAAAUCAAUGCACCACUGUUAUCAGGAAGGAUGUCAACCAUCACGGAGAGCUGAUCAUUUUACAUUUUAGUCAUUUAGCAGACGCUCUUAUCCAGAGAUUCUUACAUUAGUGAGUCCAUACAUUUUCAUAGUUGUCCCCCGUGGGAAUUGAACCCACAACCCUGGCGUUGCAAGUGCCAUGCUCUACCAACUGAGCUACACGGGACCAAUGAGACACUAGUGUACUGCUACUAUCUAGUGCCUCAGCUCAGAUCCCUCCCACAUAUAGCUUAAAAGGAAUCUGAGACUAUGUAGUACAUGGGGCUUUGACCACUAUGGAAUUUUGGGUAACAAUUAAUUGUCAUGAAAACGGCCAUGGAUAUUGUCAGUCAUCUUUGUUAAAAAAAUGUUUUGCGCUUUUAAUGUAUUAUACUGAAUCUUUGAAAACAGCCAUGACAUACCUAAUGAAUACAACACAGCUUUGGUGACAACCGUGUCUCAAAAAUGAAUGGGUUUGACCGCUUGGAACAUUUGGAAAGGAAGUUUCUCCUCUCGACCAUGCCGUUCUGCUCGUAAAACGAUGACCAACAUUACCCUCAUGUAAAAAUGAAAAACUGCUAUUGGGUAAACUUGUCUAUAUCUACUAAAUAAAGUGGACCACCAUAAACGCUG